UCACUCAGGAAGCGAGCAGGGGUCGCGUCAGUCCGGCUGACAGUUCAUGUGAGGACAGUGUCAGACAGUAAGAGAAGAAACUCCACCAUGGCGGGUCGUGUGUUUCUCCGAGCCUGUUCGACAGCAGUGCAGCUGAGGAGCGGCGUGGCGGCUCGGCCGCUGCAGCGGGCCAUGGCCACAGUGAGAGGGGUACCAACAGAUGAGGAGCAGGCCACUGGACUGGAGCGGCGUGCCUUGCAGGCUUUGAAACAGGGAAAGGACCCCUACAGUAUCCUGAAACCCAAGCAGUAUGCGGGUACCAAGGAAGACCCUCACAUCGUGCCAUGCAUUGGAACCAAAAGGAUGGUGGGCUGCCUUUGUGAGGAAGACAGCACUGCCAUUGUGUGGUUCUGGCUUCAUGAGGGGAAUGCCCAGCGCUGCCCUUGUGGUUUCUACUAUCAGCUGGUCCACCAUGAGCUCCCCAAAUGAUGCUGAUUCAAACACCAAAGGCUCUGAACAAACCUGACAACAGCACAUAAAUCUUCUGGCCUAUAUCUUGGCCCUAUGCUGCAGCGUGUGCCUAUCUUGUUUCCUGUUCAGUUGAAACAUUAAAAUGUGAACCUGCA